AUGAAUCAUAUCUAUCUCCAUCUUAAUGAACGUCUAUCACAGAUAUGGUGUAACCAGUACACCGUGAUAAUUUUGAUUAUGAUGAUCAAAAUUAUUUUAUUUACACGGAUGUUGUCUAAUGGAUUUGAUAAUAUCAAGGACUACACUCUCAGUAACUGUGAAAGCAUCGAUUACUAUUAUUCAAAAUUCGUAGAUUCAACUCCACAUUACAUGGGGAAAAUGGGGAAUUAUCUCAUCGAGAAAAGUAUGCAAGAAACAGUUUCGUUAUCGUUAAAAUUAAUAUCGCUACUUGUUACCGUAUCCGAAAAUGUCAUUGACUUUAUGAUCGAUUUAUGGCUUGGCACCUGGGUAUGCCUGGGAGUGAGUGCUAUUGAUGCGUCAGUGGACGUUGCAACAAAUACUACAGAGUCUAUUCUGAAUUUGGUCAAUGGAACAGUGAAAUCCGUGGCCAAUGAUUUGGAUGAUGGAUUGGACGGACUAUCUAAAAUCAUCAACAAAAUACUUUCAGCUGUCAACGACAUUAAAAACUUUUUUACAGGCAAUGAUAACGAAUCUGACGUUGAUAAACAAUUCAAACAUGUCAAUCUCACGGUAAACCGGCUAAGAACCCUCUCAAUCCCAAAUUCAAUCAAUGAAAAAUUAGAGAAGCUUGCUGGAGAAACCCCGGACUUUGACACAGUAAAGAACAAAACAAAGAAAGCUGUUGCUAUUCCUUUCAACUAUGUCAGAAAAGAGAUCAAAACGAUCAAUUCAAGCAAAUUAGUCGGAAAUCCACAGUACCUAACAGUGCCCCCGAUUGACACAAAUGGAACCAAGAUAUGUUCAGCGAAUAAGCCUAAAAUCGAGGAAUUUUUCAACGCACUCAGUGAUCUAUUCAGUGCCUGCAUGAUUGCCAUACUAAUAAUCUUCUUAUGUGCUGCCGUUGGAUUCGUCGUAUAUACCGCAUGGAGCGAAUGGAGACAAUGGAGGAGACUAGAAAUCUUCCGAGAUGAAUUUCACCACCAGAAUAUCAUGCUCAGGAACCCAUUUGAUGACAAUGCAGACGAAAAAGCUUUGGAACGGGUGGACAUAUUGGAAACAUACCAGAUGGUGUUCCACAGGUAUCAAUCUGGGUUCGGACGGUGGAUUAGCCGGCGCAUGAGCAGCAAUGUACAGAGACAGAGGAGAAUUCAGUGGUUAGUGACAUACGCUACUACACCGACCGCGCUGACACUCCUUGCAAUGGGUCUAUGCGGGGUGCUGAUGUGCUGCAUCCAAUACAUAAUAAUAGCUAUCGUUUCGAACAAACUACAUGGGAAAGACAGCACCAAUGCCCUGAAAGAAGUUUCCAGCUCAUUGAAUGGUACCAUGAACCAAGGAAUGACAACAUGGUCCAAUUCUGCGAAUCUCUACAUCAACGACACCGAAUCACACAUAAAUACGCAGGCGUUCGGUUGGAUUCAAAACACGACCGCAACGUUAAACGGCACCGUAACUGACCUGCUGGACGACAUCGACAGCGUAAUCGCCAAGGCUUUCAACGGCACCAUUCUCUACAAGCCCAUGGAUUCCGUAAUGAAAUGUGUCAUUGGUAACAAACUAGAAACAAUAUCGAAGGCCCUGGACUGGGUUCACGACACUGCUCACGUGACCUUACCCCGCGUCAAUAAUACCCAGAUUUACGAUGCAAUCAACAACGAAAUGGCCAACGGAACAACAACCAACGCUACAGUAUCCACGCCAAACUCGAAAUCGAAUUCGAAUUCGAACUCGAUGCUAGACGACCUCCACGCGAAUCUUGUCAACAGCGCCACAAAACUGCUGGCGCAGUACAAGAAAUCCGUCACCAUAGAGCUGAUAGUGUCUUUAGUGUUUUUGGCGCUCUAUGCAGUCCAAAUCCCAAUAGCAGCCGUGAUCCUGGCCCUUCAAGCAAGAAAAAGGGCACUAGAAUAG